UAUCGAUACAUUGCAGCUGACACCUGAACAGCCCUUUAUUUUUAUUAGAUAAUAUUUUGUUAAUUUCGAGAAACGCGCCGCUGUGACAAUGAACCGAAUUUGCCAGAGUCUGUUGCGUCAGAGCCACCGCAAUGCCCGUGGCCUGGUGGCCGGAGCAAGUGCAUCCGCCUCCGCUCCUGGUGCGCUAAGCCUAAGCCGCUUCUUUGCAGCGGAUGCGGCGACCGGCGAGGCGGUGGACAAGGCGACGCUGGACAAGCUGGUGCGCACCAACAAGGUGGUCGUAUUCAUGAAGGGCAAUCCCCAGGCACCGCGCUGCGGAUUCAGCAAUGCGGUGGUGCAGAUCAUGCGGAUGCACGGCGUCCAGUACGAUGCCCAUGAUGUCCUGCAAAACGAGUCUUUGCGGCAGGGCGUUAAGGACUACACCGACUGGCCCACCAUUCCGCAGGUCUUCAUCGAUGGCGAGUUCGUCGGCGGCUGCGACAUCCUGCUGCAGAUGCACCAGAGUGGCGACCUCAUCGAGGAGCUCAAGAAGGUGGGCAUCGUCUCCGAGCUCCUAAAGGCGGAACAGGCCAAACAGGAGGACGAGAAGGCCAAGUGAGGACCCAGCAGAGCACCCAAAGAUCAAACCCCACACAACAACCCAUAUGUUAGCCACGCAACACGUUUCUAUUAUUAAAUGUUUAACUCAUAAUGAUAA